AUGUCCCAAACGAACUUGAAAAGACGACGCACGGUAAUAAAGGCAUCUUGCACGCGUAUAAAAAGCUACGUUGAGUCGAUUUCUGACAUAACACCCGAUGUAAUUGCUAAUUUAACAGAACGAAAGGAAAAAUUAUCUGAAUUCUGGUCAGAAUAUAAUAGGAUACAGUGCGAAUUAGAGACAUUAGACGAAAACGAGGGAGAUGAUCGUGGCAUCUUCGAGGAUAUGUUUUUCGACUUGACCGCUACUAUAAGACGUACUAUUUCUAAUUUCGAAUCUCGUAACGUCGGGAUACCGCUGCCUUCAAUUGUGUCUCCGAAUUCCGAAGGCAGUUCCGUGGAAAUGAGUCACGUAAGAUUGCCUAAAUUAAAUCUUCCGAAAUUUUCGGGUAAAUAUGAAGAUUGGUUUCCAUUUCAUGAUAUGUUCAAUUCAAUGAUUCAUAAUAAUUCCGCAUUAAACGAAUCUCAAAAAUUUCAAUAUUUGAAAACGUCCGUUACGGGCGAUGCAGCGGAUAUUAUUCGGUCAUUAGAGUUGACCAAUGAGAACUAUCGAGUGACAUGGGGCUUACUGACUCAGCGAUACGAUAAUAAACGCACGAUUGUGCAAUUGCAUGUACGCGCAUUAUUCGAGUUGCCGAGUACGAGCAAGGAGAACGCGAUCGAGUUGCGUAGGAUCGCGGAUAGUGCUCUCAAACACAUUCAUGCCUUAAAGGCGCUGCAGUGUCCCAUAAAUCAUUGGGACACCAUAUUAAUCCAUUUAUUGGUGUCUAAAUUAGAUACUAUUACAAUACGCGAAUGGCAAACUUCAUUAACGGGGACAGAUUUACCCACCUUCGAACAAUUUGUAAAAUUUUUAAAUCAUCGAUGCCAGACUUUAGAAUCGGUAGGUAGGAGCGGUGGCGCGCUUCAGCCUGCGAAUAAACGUUUAACUCACAUCGCGACUGUGAAUUCUCAAUGUACGUAUUGCGGUGGUAAUCACCCUGUAUAUCAUUGUCAAAAAUUCGCGAAGCUUACUGUUCCUCAACGUUUCGCGGAGGUUCGUAAGCGUAAAUUGUGCGUAAAUUGCUUGCGCUCGACUAAGCAUACAGCUAAUAAAUGCCAUUCUGGCGUAUGUAAGAUUUGUUCCGGUAAGCAUAAUUCGCUUCUUCAUUUUGCAUCGAAUAACGACGAUCAUUCCGAACAAAACAAAACAGACAAUGAGUCGGCUCAGUUGUCUUCAGAGGCAACAGCGGUCACGGCGCAUUCCUCCAUGUCGACAAAUUACGGUUCGGUGUUGCUCUCAACCGCUGUCGUGUUUAUUAAAGAUUCGAACGGGAAUAAGCAAACUUGCCAUGUUUUGCUUGACAGCGGUUCUCAGGCCAAUUUCAUGACGCGAUCAUGUGCUGAACGAUUACGGUUGAAAUCGUACCCUAGCACGGUUAUGAUAUCAGGAAUUAACGGCACUACCAGUAAUACAAGUCGGACGGCAAGAGUAGAAUUGUAUUCGCGUUUCAAUAAAUUUUCUUCAUCUAUCGAUUGUGUUUUGAGCGAUCACAUUACCGAUUCGUUGCCUUCGAUUCCCGUUGAUCAAUCACGGGUACAUAUAACACACAAUGUAAGGUUGGCUGAUCCGGAUUUCCAUCGAUGUUCAGACAUCGAUUUAUUGAUCGGAGCGGAAUUGUUUUGGCAAUUGAUUUGUGUCGGUCAAAUAAAGGCGUGUCGAAGUCAUCCAACUCUUCAGAAAACACACCUCGGAUGGAUCAUGGCGGGUCGAUUAAAUAAUUAUAAACAUAAUCUCAUAAAUAAUCAAUCGAUAAAGGGGUUUUAUACUUCGAUUACGAAUGUCGAGCUGCACGACAGCUUGACUCAGUUUUGGUAG